AAAGCCUUCCAAAAUCUCAAUCCCUCACCCACCCCCUUUUUAAAAAAAAUAAAAAGAUGGUUGAGCAUUUGAAAACAACUAUAACAUCAUCAUAGUAUCAUCCUCUAUAUCUUCUGUUUUUUUUUUUUUCUUGAUUCUUACCUUACCUACUACCCUUACCCACCUCUUCAACUUGCAUACUCAAAGUUCUCCAAUUCCACUGUAAGUCAUACACUCUCUCUCUCUCUCUCUCUCUCUAUUUUCCACUGCUUUGCCUUGAAUUCAUGGAUUUAUGUCAGCAACCCACAACCCAAAAAUGCUCUGAUCCUUUGUGCUGUGACUUGUAAGUAAUCAAAUCUCUACUCUCUGAAACAAAUCUGCUUUUGCUCUGUUUUGUCCGAUUCUGCUUCUCUCUUUCCUUCUAAAACAUUCUUUCUUUUUCCUGUUUUUGAAAUUCUAUCCUUCUGUGUCAUUCUUUAAUCCUUCAACCUUUCUAGAACGUUUUUAAAGUAUUCAAAAUUGAACGUAUAAAGUUAGGAAUUGGAUCUACCAAAGAACUUGGUUGUUCUGUUUUAGCCCUGUUUUUACUCUGUUUUGUUCUCUUACUUUCUGGCCAAAAACAGGAUUAGAAAGUCUUCAAAUUCCUUGAAUCAUCAAAUUCAUAAUUUCCUCCCCUAUAAUGGAUUCUUUCUCUCAACCAACUGGGUUUCGGUAUAACCCGAAUUCGAAUACAAUGAGUGAUGGCGAUGGUGAUUCUGAUGAGUCAGGGAUUCUUGAAAUCCAUGUUCAUCAUGCAAGGAAUAUUCACAAUAUAUGCAUUUAUGAUAAUCAAGAUGUGUAUGCAAAAUUCUCUCUUACAUAUAACCCAGAUGAGACUCAAUCAACUAGAAUUAGCAAUGGAGGUGGCAAAAACCCAGAAUUCAACGAAAAAUUGGUGAUGAAAGUAACGCAACUCGACUCUGUCCUCAAAUGUGAGAUGUGGAUGCUUAGUAGAGCAAGAAACUUCAUGGAAGAUCAACUUUUGGGAUUUACUUUAGUCCCAAUUUCACAAAUUAUUGGCAAAGGCAAAGUUACUCAAGAUUAUAGUCUUUCUUCUACUGAUCUUUUUCACUCUCCUGCAGGCACUGUAAAACUCACUCUUUCUUUAGAAACUUGUUUGCCUUUGGGUCCUCCUUCUACUGCUAACUCUUCUAUAUCAGCUGAAGUUAUAUUACUUGAUAGGAAAGUAUCACAAGUCAUUCUUGAUCCUGUCGAAUAUUCGAGGAUAGAAUUUCCUGAUAUUAAUGUUGUUAGAGAGAAUCAAAGGAUGGUUUCUGAAUAUUUUGAUGGAUUAGGCUUAGGUUCGAGUCCGGCCUCAUUUCUUCGACUAGGCUCAUCUCGUCAAUCUCAUGCACCUCCUUUUGUUGCUACUGACUAUGAUAUGACUGUAAAUUACCCUGAGGAGAAUAUAAGAGAUUCUAUUUCUCCUACUGGAAGUAACCAAAACUCAAGUUUUAUAAGCUCUACUACAACUAGCCUAAGUGAUGACAGAAAUUCCUUGGAUUCCAUUGAGAAAAAAGUGCUUUCAGGGGAUGUUUCGAUCACUACAGAGGCGAACCAGAGCUCGAGCACAUGCCCAGAUACUCCUACUUCAAAGAAAGAGAGUGAGGUUAGAGAUGAGAAAGAAUCCAACUUUUCUAUCAAAGAUAAGGACGUAAAUAAAGAAGAUUCUGUAAAUUCAGUAUUUUCAUCUCCAUUAGGGAAUAUUAAUCUUGAAUCAGAGCAAUCUGCAAUGCAACAACAAAUAGUAGACAUGUACAUGAGGAGUAUGCAACAAUUCACUGAAUCUUUAGCAAAGAUGAAACUCCCUAUGGAUCUUGGAAAGCCUGAAAAUGAAGAUCAUAGCAAGAAAUUAGAAGUUGAGAAGAAGAAGAAUAAAAAGGACGGAUCGCGGGUGUUCUAUGGAAGCAGAGCAUUCUUCUAAAAUUAUAUAUUUAUAUAAUAGCUUUGUUCUUGCAGGAUAUGAAGUUUUAAUUUAAUUGACACAAGUGGGUUUCUGUCUCUCGGCUUCAUUAGUUGUAUUAGUCUUGUUUAACAUCCUUCCAUUGUUGAUCAGUACUGUAUCUUCUAAUAUAUGUUCUGUUUAACCUUAGAAAUACAUGUAAUUCUGUUGUGUUGUCAUUGAGUUGAUACUAAUUACUGUUGUUAUGUUCAUGGGUGGCUGUAUUGGUAGUUCUUGCUUUUCAAGAAUUUACUACGUUUCCUAUGUUCUUA